GACAAAGUGUCCAAACACACAGAAAAACUCCUGAAGCGACUGAGACACACAUGACACACGAUAAUAAAGAUGGUGUUUAUUAAAGAGGAGAGUGAAGACGUGAAGAUUGAAGAAACAUUCAGAGUCAAACAUGAAGAUACUGAGGAACAAACAGGCCUGAUGGCGCUGAAAGAGGAGAGUCAAGAACUGAAUGAAACCAAAGAGAAAGAUCAAAAUGAGAAACAGCAUGAUUUCAAACCUGGAGAAAAAUUGAUUGGUUGCUCACAGAAUGAAAAGAAUUCAAAACCAAAAAAAUCUCAAAAAACGCAAAGUACAACCCUCAAUUCCCAGAUGAGAAUUCCCACUGGAGAGAGACCUUUCACUUGCCAACAGUGUGGAGAAAUUUUCAAUAGAAAAGAAAGCCUUAAAGUCCACAAGAAAAUUCACAUUGAAAAGAAACAGUUCAUAUGCUCUCAGUGUGGAAAGAUUUUUACACGGGAAGGUCACCUUAAUAUCCACAUGAGAACUCAUACUGGAGAGAGACCGUACACCUGCAAACUGUGUGGGAAGGGUUUCAUACAAAGUGGAGGUCUUAAGAGUCACAUGAGAGUUCAUACUGGAGAGAAACCUUUCACCUGUCAACAGUGUGGA